CUGAUUAUGCCUAUCGAGUGCUUCAAGCUACCCUCUGAAGCGGUAGACCUAGAGGUGUUUACUGAGAAAAAGAUUUCCAGGGAGUCGGACUUCCCACCUGCAAUAUUUUUCUCACUUGGACUGAAUCCUUCUGCUGACGGUUCCUCAUAUCUUGAGUAUGGUUCAAUCAAGGCAUGUUGCUCAGUCAAUGGUCCACUAGAAAUGCGACAAGAUGGUCAGUUGAUCACUGCCUUGAAGUUCGCACCAUUUAUAACCUGGCAGCAACCUGAUCAACAAACCGGUGUUGAAAGGCGCCUCAGUCAGCUCCUUCUGAGUUCAAUCGAGGCCUCUGUGAUGCUUAUGCGACAAGAUGGUCAGUUGAUCACUGCCUUGAAGUUCGCACCAUUUAUAACCUGGCAGCAACCUGAUCAACAAACCGGUGUUGAAAGGCGCCUCAGUCAGCUCCUUCUGAGUUCAAUCGAGGCCUCUGUGAUGCUUCACUGUUUCCCACGCGGAAAGUACGAAGUGAUGGUUCUGAUCCUGGACAAUGGCGGCUUCCCAGUCGAUUCUAUCAAUACUGGUGACUGCUUGGCCGCAGCAAUAACAUGUUCAGGACUGGCCUUAACGGAUGCGAGCGUUCAAAUGUAUGACACACCCGUCGGAGUCAAUGUGGACCUUUCAACCGUCGUACGACCUAGUAGCAGUGUUGGACAUCUGUGUGCAGCUAUCCUACCCAAUCUUCAACAAUACUCCAUGCUCUAUACUAGUGACAGUUGCAUUCGCACAGGUCAGGACCUGCGUGAAGCGCUGAGUUGUGCAAUGAACGGUGGGGUUCAGCUGGCUACCACCAUUAAACAAUGUCUCGUAAGACAGACAAACACUACCGCAUGAGUUACCCAUCUUACUCUCCAUCUUGUGUAUAUUCUCCCGUCCCUGUUUGUUAUAAAUCCUAGUCUAUCUCCGGA